AUGCCCAAUGUACUCUGGCGAGUGAUCGUCAUUUCUCUCUUCAUCACUCUUGGAUCUUUCAACAAUUCCCUUGAUUUAAAACUAGUUGCUUAUUGGCAUAAUGUGUUGAUGAGGUCGAUUAUUAAGGCAAAACUCAAUCGAGAGAAAGUCCAUCUUUCAAAACUCGAUGCAGCUCUGGCUGAUUUAUGUCUUGAUGAGGCAAAAACGUUACUUGAUCGGAUACAAUGCCUUGAAACGGUUUUACAAAAGCGAGACGCUGCUGGAGCUCAGUUCAAGCUCAUUCAAUCAAUUGACAAAAAUAUUGAGAUGUUAGCGCCAAAAUUGACCUCGAAAAGGCGACUCUUGGACUCGGCACUCUCAAGAAUGGGCAAAUAUGCGAAAAGCAGCUCCUCUGGCCCACCCAAGAGCAAGAGCAAAUUUCAAACAGCUUCCGUCCUCUCACCCCGAUUCUUCUCAUUCUCCAAUCAGCAAUACUCCGAUAUUCUAUCACCAAGAAUAUUUGCCCUACGAUCUGGAGGAAUUCUAUCACUGAAUGAUCUUGGAAAAGCAAAAGGAGCGAUUAAUUUAUCAAUGGCAAAAUUUCUGAUUGAAAUUUCUGGAGCUGGGAAAGCGAUUCGACAUAUUUAUGCCGGCAUGGCUCCUGAAAUUAGGCAAAUUCGAGAAGAAGUCUAUCCAGAUAUGAUCGAGCUGGCGAGUCACACGUUGAAUUGGGUGAAAGCGAGGAAAUUGAUGAAUUCAAGACAACGCUGUGAAAUGACUCACUAUGGCUACACGCAUAUGACUCCCCAACAAAUUCAACUUGUCUACAAUCGGAAAAAUAAAUUUUCCCAGGAACUCCCGUUUGAUCUCAAUGAAUAUGGGGAUUUGGACGAAGAAGGAAGGGAAAGAAGGGUCGAGUUUCUACUUUCAAAUAUGCUUUAUUUGGGAAAGAAUUUGAAUGAAACGAAUGCUGAGAUUGUUGAAGAAAAGGCUUUUGUGAUUGAUAAUUCGACUGGUCCGAUCCCCCCGAAUCCCAUACAACUCCGGGUGAAACGAACAUCACCUGAAGAAGGACCACCAGGUUUUACGAAUCGAACAAAUGGAAUCCUUUAUGAAGUGCUUAGACCAUAUGCUUUUGAUGUUCUAUCAGGAACUGACGCCUAUCUCGAAGUCCUUGUUCUAUCCCCAAGUUCCUUCACAUUAGAGAUCUUUCAACCAGAGCUUCUUGUGCUUGGCGUUUUGUCACCUCGAGCCUUUGCCGCUGUUGUCCUUUCACCCGGCGCCCUCAUCACCCGAGUCCUUAGUCCAAUGGGUUUCAAAUUUGAGGUCCUUGCCCCGAGAGCUCUCACCGCUUGGGUACUCUCUCCAGAAGGCUUUGUCGCUGAUGUGCUAACACCAACAUUUCUUGAGCCACGAGUUUUGUCACCAAUUGGAUCAUUUGUUUCAAUCUUAUCUCCAAAUGUUCUUGGUCCACAUAUUGGCGGCACAGAUAACAUGGGAAUAACUGUUUUAAGUCCAAAUAUUUUAUCACCAAGAAUUGCGCAGAGGGAGCGGUUGAUGAUUGAAAUUUUAUCUCCUCACAUUAUGGGAGGAGAACAUCUUCACGCUCACCAUGCUGGCGGACAUGAGCCCGAAGAGGACAAUGAUGAGCCAGCAGCUGGUGGACACACAGCUAUUGAAAUGGUUGACUUGCAUGGAUUGGCUCACGACGUGGAUGAAGAUGAUCCAAUCACUUUGGAGAAGCUACUGGGAGAAGGCGAGGAAUGGGCUGAACGAGAGAUUAUGCCAGAUGAUCGUCACUUGUUGGAGUUUCUCCGAAUCCCGCUUCCCCCAUCACAGGCCGUAGCUCAUUCAGAACAUUUGGCUGCAGAGGCUGCUGCUGGAGCUGAGCACCAUCAU